AACCUCACUCUAAAGGGCUUGUCUGUCAACCUGUCCCCUCCCUAGGGUGACCGCUGGUUAACCUACAGCCGAUCCAAAGAGCCGGGAUUCAAAUGUGGGCAAAGGCGGGGUCUGCUAGGGAAGUCCCUCUGGUGGUCCCUGCGAGCCUGCGUCCGCAGGGCUUUUGGGAGCCACCGCCAUUGGGCGGGACGCCCGUGGGGAUGCGGCAGCCCCGGCUGGCCCGCAGCGUGGGCACGCCGGCUCCUUUCCAGACGCGCAGCUGCGCGCGUCCCUGACCUUCGACCCCUGCCCCAGAGUCCACAGGUCAGUCCCGGCCCCGGCGGGAAGCUAAGGCUGUCUCCGCGAGCCGCCUGCCUCCUCCCCUCCUGCCCGUCGUAAAGUGCUGCAAAGGGCCCUGCGCUUUACGGCGCCGUAGUCUCCCCGUCCCUGGAUUUCGAAAUGCUCUACCUGAUCGGCCUGGGCCUGGGAGAUGCCAAGGACAUCACAGUCAAGGGCCUGGAAGUUGUGAGACGCUGCAGUCGAGUAUAUCUGGAAGCCUACACCUCAGUCCUGACUGUAGGGAAGGAAGCCCUGGAAGAGUUUUAUGGAAGAAAACUGAUUCUUGCCGACAGAGAAGAAGUGGAACAAGAAGCAGAUAAUAUUUUUAAGGAUGCCGAUGUCAGCGAUGUUGCAUUCCUUGUGGUUGGUGAUCCAUUUGGGGCUACAACACACAGCGAUCUUAUUCUGAGAGCAACAAAGUUGGGAAUCCCUUAUCAAGUUAUUCACAAUGCCUCCAUAAUGAAUGCUGUAGGCUGCUGUGGUUUACAGUUGUACAAGUUUGGAGAAACUGUUUCUAUUGUGUUUUGGACGGACACGUGGCGACCAGAAAGCUUCUUUGACAAAGUGAAGAAGAACAGACAGAAUGGCAUGCACACCUUGUGUUUACUUGACAUCAAAGUGAAGGAGCAGUCUCUGGAGAACCUCAUCAGGGGAAGAAAGAUCUAUGAGCCUCCUCGAUACAUGAGUGUGAACCAGGCAGCCCAGCAGCUUCUGGAAAUUGUUCAGAAUCAGAGAGCACGCGGGGAAGAACCAGUGAUCACUGAGGAGACACUCUGUGUUGGCUUGGCCAGAGUUGGUGCUGAAGACCAGAAAAUUGCAGCAGGCACUUUACAGCAAAUGUGCACAGUGGACUUGGGAGAACCAUUGCAUUCUUUGGUCAUCACAGGAGGCACCCUGCACCCACUGGAGAUGGAGAUGCUCAGUCUUUUCUCUAUACCGGAAUCCCAGAGUAUUAAUGGACUCUGAACAUGGACCUUUUCUGUUGUCUCACAUUAAUUUCAGUUCGAUUGGGUGUGUGGUAUUUCUAUGACAAAUGGCAUGGGUCUGUCAUUUAUCUAGAAAGUAUAACAGAAGUGACCAAGAGGAAACAAGUUGACUCAACAGUGUUUGGUUUCCUGCAGCGGUUUUCCCCCAAUUCAUCAUCAGUUGCUGUUGGAGCAUCAGUUGGCUGCUUGUCAGGGUAUACACACAUGGGGCAGACCAAGCUGGAAAAGUGUGCCUGGACAUUCAGAGACAUCCUCUAAGAGUAACUCUGAGGAAACCGGAAUGUGAAUCAUCUGAACCCUGUUUUUAAGGGACAAAGAAGUGCAGAGUGGUAACUAAAACAUAUAAAACUUGCUAUUCGUUUAUUGUUUUAUCUCCUUUAUAAAAAGGUAGCUGUUCUGUUGUGAACUGAGAACGCGCCUUGGAAAAGUGCUUCUGUGCAAGCAUUGAGACCCAAAAUCCCCAGCACUCACGUGACUAGUCCGGUGUGGCAGUACAUGGCUGGAACCCUGGUGGUAGGAGGGGAGCAGAGAGGCAGGUCCCGGGGCUUUCUGGCUAAUCUGUGCAUGCCUUACUCAACGAGAGACACCGUUUCCAAAAAAUACGUUGAUAACUGAGUAUGGUAGUGUACGCUUUAAAUCCCAGCACUUAGGAGGCAGGCAGAUUUCUGAGUUUAAGGCUAACCCAAUCUUCAUAGCAAGUUCCAGGCCACCUUGUGCUAUAUAAUAAGAUAUCUCAAAUAAAUAAACAGUAAGUAGUGGAGCAAGACAGAGGAAGAGGAUACCCAGUGUGAUGCUAGUCAUCACAUAUACACACUUAACAAUUUUAAAAGGCCCAUUUGUUUAAUAACCAUCAAGUGCUAUACCCUUGUUGGUCUGGAAUAGAAGUAGCUUUGUUGUAAGCUACUGUGAUAGUUCAAGUCACGAGUAUUUCUAUAGCCUAACCAACAUGCCCUUUUUCUUAGUAUAUUCAUGAAUAUUGGUUGAGAUUUUUCCUACUUUCUGUUAUUAUGUGUUAGCUAGAAAUUAUUUUGAUGUUUCAUUUGGGAUGAAAUAUUUUAAUGUGUACAAAACAUUCCAUUUUCAGUCUCGUAUGCACACAAGAGGGAAGAACCAAGUACCUUAAGUCGAUUUCAUAGUGUUUUCUUCAGAGAUGUUAAACGAAACAUUUAAAAAUGACAAAAAAAUAAAACCUUCUGGGUUUGGUAGUUGAAUAGCUCACACCCUGCAGUUGUGACUCUGCUAAGUGGAAAGACACUGGGGAGUCAGCAGAUUCAGAAUUCUGCCUAUGUGGCUUUUCCUGUCGAGGCAUUCCCCGACUUCAGUUCAGCCUAGUUGGUGUUGUACUGGGAUGAGAUGGUUAAUGGAUUGAACUGUGGGCUAUGAUCUUAGCGGCAUAUCUUAAAUGCUCAGCUCCCUCUUAUUGUGUAUAGGAAGAUUCAGGAUCCAGGUGAAAAGUCAGGCCAGGGGCCCAAAGAAACAGACAUUGUUUUCUAUUGCAAGAGAAGACAGCUUCAAGUUUGGAUUCUGACAAGUUAGAAGGGCAUGAUAAAUAUGCAUGCUUUCUUAUCAGAAGCCAGGAAUGGCCAUGUACUAGUAAAGACCAGGCUUGGAACUAAACUGAGGACAAAGCAUUUCAUAUAAUGUGAAUUAGGCCUACGUAAAAUAAAGUGACAAGCAAGUAGUUUUAUGCCUAUUAGAACAGAAUUUAAGAUGGUUCAGAAUGUGGUGAAAAAUUAAUGUUAACAUCAACAGUGGCUCUAGAACACAAUAGGAGGCAUGACUUUAUGAUUAGAAAGGAAGAAUGCUGGGGUAAGAUGUUAACAUAACCUAGACUUCGGAAUUAGUAGAUAUAAAAGACUAGCACUUUAGAGCUGUGCACAGAGGAAAAACACAGGUGCUUAGAAUGAGUGAAUAUAAUGAAUACUGCCAUCCAGGAGAUGGAAAUAGCAAAAAGAAAAACCAAAUUGGCCAAAGUACAGAGGAAGAGAAGUUGUCCAACCUAAAGAAGAAGAUUAAAGGGGAACAACGAUCAGAAUCAUAAUGUCUACACUUGGUGUGAAGAAGAGACUGUGUGUGUGUGUGUGUCUGUGUGUCUGUGUGUGUGUGCACCAGUGCUUGUUUGCAGGUGAGAGGACAGUUUGUAGAAGUGGGUUGUAGAGAAUGAUCUCAGGGUGUUUGGUGUGACAACAAACACUUUUAUCUGCUGAGCCAUUUCAUCAGCUCCAAUAUCAAGCAGUUUUAAUAAACAUCUAAGUAGAUUCUCAAAAAUGAAGAGAAAUAGGGCUGUUUUUAAAAAAUGAAAAUGACAGUCAAAAUUUCCUCAAAUUUAGUAAAAUAAUCAAUACACUGAUCCAAUAUGCUCAAUGAAUUAUACGCAAAACAAGUAGGAAACCCAUAACAUUCAGGUAAAACUGAUAAAAACCAAAGUUAGUUGGAAAAGGUAACAAGGAGAAUGGGGGGCUCCGCAAAUGUAAUUUGAAAUUUAAGUUAGGUUUAUCUGUUAUUGCUCAACCUGGAAAACCUGUAGUUUAACCUCAAUAUAAAUGAAAUUAUAAAAUGAGAACUCUUUACCAGCGUGAAGAGGAUUAGUGUUGGGGUCUGCUGUAUGGAAACCCCAAGGUGAAAAUAGAGAUAAUAGAAAAGUGUAUGUAUAUAUUUGGUGUUUAUUUAGUAGUUUUUAACUCUAAUGGGUUUUGAUGUCUUGGUUUUUGGUCUCUAUUAGCUUUUGACUCUGCAGUGCUGGGGCAGAGGCUGCUUAAUCGCAUGGCCUUGUCUAUGCUAGGAAAGUAUUUUACCAUUUUGUUUCAGCCUAGCUGGUUUUAACGAAUCAAAAUUAUGAUACAGUAAAAUGUCUUAUAGUCUUAUAGUUACUCAUCAUCCAGAAGAAUUCAUUUCCUCUGUCUGUUUACUCUUCUAUCUCAUCAGUAAUUCCAUGAAGCCAGUGAUCUGUUCCUUUUCGAUAGUUUUGCCUUUUAAAGAAUGUCAAAAAGGGGUCUGGGGAUUCCAUUAACAGGGUGUUCUCAAGAUUCAUUCAAACUGUCCCAGCUAUCAAGAGUGUAUUCCUUUUUACUAUUAUUUUACUAAAUGGACACAGCAUCAAGUCGCCAUCUAAACAGGUAUUCCUACACCCAUAGCAGAUGUGACCCUCCAUUCUCAUCAGAGAAAAGUCCUCUUGUAGUGGAUAGUUAAUGCAGAGAUUCACUACUGGUCAUAGUGCAGAGACAAGUACUUGUGGAGCACUCAGCCAUAAACGGGACAUCUGUAUUAUACCUCCUUCCUGUCAAGGGCCAGGGAACAUGGAGAAAGAGGGGACAAAGAGAUCAGAAAGGAUCAGAGAGAAACUGUCUUUUGGACAUGACCAUUGCACCCAUGAAUCUGUGGUAGCUGUGGUUGUUUAUACAAUAUCAAGCCAAUCAACCUUCCAACAUGGAUGGGGGAGGGGCACACGAACCCCAACUCUUGCCUAAAAGCUAUUGAUAGCUAGAGGCUACUAGGAGUGUAGUUUCUAGUAGGUUGCCCAUACUUUCGGAGAAUUGGCAUACCCAUGUGUAUAUGAGCAGCCCGAAUUGAACUCUGUCCGGGUUUUUUUUUUUAAAGAAGUUGGAAAGGGAAUGUGGGGAAUAUGCACAAGGAGUUGAAGGUGGAUAGUGGGAGUCAGAUAUGGUCAAACACAUUGUACAAAUAUGUGAAAUUCUGAAAAAAUAAAUACAUUUUGGUUGCCUGUGCUA